AUGUAUGGAAAGAUCAAGGAGACGAAUUGGUGGGAUAUUUGGUGCCUGGCGUGGGGAAUCUGGUUGAAACGCAAUGCAUGGGUCUUUGAUAAAAGAGAGAAGAGGGAGGCUGACAUUCUUUACAAGACAAUGUGCUUGGUGGGAGAGUUUGAAGAAGCUAAUGCGAAUGCUGAUAUGGGGAUGCAAGUGCAGUAUUUCAGCUCUAGAUGGAAGCCUCCUGCUGCUGGUCUGUAUAAGCUAAACACAGACGCAGCCUUCCAAGGUCAGUGGCUGGGAAUUGGUGGGAUAUUGAGAAAUGAGGAGGGGACUGCUGUGGUAGCCUUUUGUUCGAAAGAGAAUGGGAAGGUAGAUGUUGCUGUUGGUGAAGUGAUUGGUAUGAGAUCCAGCCUAAAGAUAGCCAUGGAAGCGGGCUUUAGGAACUUUAUCCUGGAAACUGAUAACAUUAAGUUGUUCCACCAUCUGAAAAAGGGCUCCAUAUCUCCUUGCUCUUUUGGCAAUUUGGUGAGGGAUAUUCUGAUGCUUGCUAGAAGCUGUCAGAGUUGUGUUUUUUCUUUUGUUAGAAGGUCGGGUAAUAUGUUGCCCAUAGCUUAG